AUGCUCUUUCAACUCUCGGUUAAACAUUUCUGCGGAAUAGAAUUCAAAGGGGAAAAACUGGAAGUUUCGAAUGCGCAGACAUACACUGACAAAAUAUGGCAAUCUGUUGACGGAAGCUCACCAAAGAAAAUCGGCAGCUCUAGCUCUUCGCCUGGGCUCAUCAAAACCAAGAAGCCACGUAAAGCCAGGACGGCAUUCACUGACCACCAACUGUCCGCCCUGGAGAAGACGUUCGAGAGACAGAAGUACCUCAGUGUCCAAGAUCGCAUGGAGCUGGCAGCCAAACUCAACCUGACGGACACACAGGUCAAGACUUGGUACCAGAAUAGGAGAUGCCCUCUACUUUCGCAACCCAGAAAACCCAGUCGUGCAACCGACCAGACCACUGCUGCCACGGAUGUUUGUGCACGGACUCCAACAGCACGUCAGUCAACUUCCGGUGCAGAGUUCGUCUGCUCUCUACCCCACAGACAACAGAGGCUGAGCACACACAUCGAUGACGACACAGCAUGA